GACCAAUCCUAUUGCUAGCUGGUAGAAUAAAGAAAUUCGAUAUAAGUACAAUAAGUUUUUCGUUCCUAUCUUACAUACUCAAUGUCGAUUAAAACUCCAUUGAGAAAUAAAACUCCGGUUACAGAACUACAAGAACUAUGUGCGGCUCGUAAGACUAUUCAUCCCAUCUACGAGUGCACUGGUGAAGAACUAGAUAACACUGUGCCUAACUCUAAAAUAUUCACCACAUCUGUCAAGGCACUUGGACUAUCGAGCACCGGGUUUGGGCGCUCGAAAAAAGAUUCCAAGCAUGAUGCUGCUUUGAGACUGCUUAAAGAGCUGUUACAGCAAGGUGACACUGACAUGCAUGAAGACCGGCAACUGAGUAUGUUUCUGUCAGAUAAAGUAACAGAAGUACGAGACAUUUGUGUUCAGCGAAAUUUUCCUCUUCCUGAAUUUGAAUGUGUCAGAAGUUCUGGCCCGUCGCAUGCACCAGAAUUCGAAUAUGAAUGCCGUAUUGGAAAAAUUGUUCGACAAGGAGUUCAUAAAACAAAAAAAGGUGCCAAACAGGCAGCAUGUUAUGAAAUGAUCAAAACAUUGCAAGCGAUGCCAGUUGAUGACAACGAAAUGCAAAUUCAAUCUUUAAAUUUGGCUGCAGAUGCUAAUGUAAAUGAAAAUGAACGCAUCAUUCGAACCUAUAGGGAAUAUAUAAAAUCAGAUAUUAAAAAAAUACCUGGAAAAAUAAGUGAUCGACAUAAAUACUUGGAACAAUUCGAUCAACUCAAAAUUGAUGCAGCUAAAAGGAUUGAAAUGGACGAUCUCAUGUCAUGUCAAGAUAAGUGUACACUUAUCCCAAGAGCUUUAGGGUUAAAAUUUGAAAUGAAGCUAGAAGACAAUAAUAUUCAAAGUGAAAAUUCGCAUAAACUUCACACAUUCGAGAUAAUUAAUAGCGAGUACGAUUGCUAUAUUGUAGGGCAAGGUGACAGGUUUUUCGAAGUAGAUCACAAUUAUUUCAAAACAAUGCUAAAUUUUUAGUCUAUCUGGACAUUCAAACAAUGUAAUAAGUUUUCGUUAGUUUUUACUUUCCACGAAAAAAAAUCAAUAAUGUCUUAUGCCUAUUAAAAUCUACUGUUGUAUUGGUAGCACACAUACUAGGACUUCAGACCUCAUUAUACUUAUGUAUAUAUUAUUCAAAUAAUAAAGUAUACAAUUCAAAGGAUUAUUAUGUUAUGAAA